AUGUCAUACUUUGGCCAGUUGUGUGGGAAAGAGGUGAAGAUAGAGGAGGAGAGACUCUUUCGAGCUAAUGACAGACCUUUCAACCUCUCCUACCACUAUGCUGACAACGCCAUCAAGACCUCCAAAUACAACCUUUUCACCUUCCUGCCACUUAACCUCUUUGAGCAGUUCCGGAGGCUCGCCAACGCCUACUUCCUCUUCCUCAUGGUCCUUCAGCUAAUCCCACAAAUCUCCUCUCUCUCCUGGUUUACCACGGCCGUCCCUCUGAUUUUGGUGCUGACUAUAACAGCAGUCAAAGACGCCAGCGACGACAUAAACAGACACAAAAGUGACAAGCAAGUGAACAAUCGCAUGGUGGAUGUCCUCAUCGAUGGAGAACUGAGAAGUGAAAAAUGGAUGAACGUUCAAGUUGGAGACAUAAUCAAACUGGAGAAUAAUCAGUUUGUCACAGCGGACCUUAUGUUGAUGUCCAGCAGUGAGCCUCUCAACCUGAUCUACAUAGAAACAGCUGAAUUAGAUGGUGAAACCAAUCUGAAGGUGAAACAGGCCCUGACUGUAACUGGAGAGAUGGAGGACAGCAUUGAUGCACUGGCUAGCUUCAAGGGUGAGUUGCGUUGCGAGCCUCCCAACAACCGUCUCGACAAGUUCAAAGGCACCCUGACAAUGGACGGACAAACGUACUCUCUGGACAAUGACAAGGUGCUGCUCAGAGGAUGUACUCUGAGGAACACCGAGUGGUGUUUCGGUUUGGUCAUCUUCGGAGGUCCUGACACCAAGCUGAUGCAGAACAGUGGAAAAACAAUAUUCAAACGGACGAGCAUCGAUCACCUGAUGAACGUCCUGGUGUUGUGUAUCUUUGGUUUCCUGGCGUUUAUGUGCACCGUUCUGGCCAUCGGCAAUGCAAUCUGGGAGGUGAGGGAGGGCUCAGUGUUCACGGUCUUCCUCCCUCGUGAAAAUGGGGCCGGUGCUGCCCUCUCAUCCUUCCUCUCCUUCUGGUCCUACGUCAUCAUCCUCAACACAGUGGUGCCCAUUUCUCUCUACGUCAGUGUGGAGAUCAUACGUCUGGGGAACAGCUUCUACAUAGACUGGGACAGGAAGAUGUAUUACCCAAAGAAUGACACCCCCGCCCAGGCGAGGUGCACCACCCUCAACGAGGAGCUGGGCCAGAUCAAGUACAUCUUCAGCGACAAGACCGGCACGCUGACGCAGAACAUCAUGGCUUUCAACAAGUGCACCAUCAACGGGAAAGCUUACGGGGAGCUGUUUGACUUAUCUGGACAAAGGAUGGAAAUAACAGAGAAGACGGAGAGAGUGGACUUCUCCUGGAACAAGCUGGCUGAUCCGAAGUUCAUCUUUCACGACCAAAGUCUGGUGAAGACGGUGAAAGAGAGAAACCCGGAGGCUCAGUCCUUCUUCCGCUUGCUGGCUCUGUGCCACACCGUCAUGCCUGAGGAAAAGAAAGAGGGGGAGCUCAACUAUCAGGCUCAGUCUCCUGAUGAGGGCGCUCUGGUGACCGCAGCAAGAAACUUUGGGUUUGUGUUCCGCUCACGCACACCAGAGUCCAUCACGGCCAUGGAGAUGGGCAAACAGGUCACCUAUGAACUUCUGGCUGUUCUUGACUUCAAUAAUGUGCGCAAGAGAAUGUCGGUCAUAGUGCGUAGCCCCGAAGGCAAGUUGACUCUAUACUGCAAAGGAGCGGACACCAUCAUCUAUGAAAGACUGCACCCGUCCUGUAACAAACUGAUGGAAGUCACCACCAGACACCUCAACGAGUAUGCGGGCGAGGGCCUCCGAACGCUGGCCCUGGCCUACAAGGACUUGGACGAGGGCUACAUGGAUGCGUGGAGACGGCGCCACCACGAGGCCAGCACCGCCAUGGAUGACAGAGAGGAGAGACUUGAUGAACUUUAUGAGGAGAUAGAGAAAGACCUGAUGCUGUUGGGAGCGACAGCUGUGGAGGACAAGCUGCAGGAUGGAGUGCCACAGACCAUAGAGCAACUGGCUAAAGCUGACAUCAAAAUCUGGGUGUUGACUGGCGAUAAACAGGAGACGGCGGAGAAUAUCGGCUAUUCCUGCAACAUGCUGAGAGAGGAGAUGAAGGAGAUUUUCAUUGUGGCAGCCAAUACGGCUGAAGGAGUCAAAGAGGAGCUUGUCAAUGCAAGAAGGAAAAUGUGUCCGGACGCAGCGGACGAGCCAUCGGUGAUCCAGGCUCGCGCAGGCCUGUUCUGGCUUCAGAAGACAGAGAGAGUAGAGGACGAGAAGGUGGAUGGAGAUUAUGGCCUGGUUUUAAAUGGACACAGUCUGGCCUUUGCACUGCAGAAGAACUUGCAGCUGGAGCUGCUGAGGACAGCAUGUAUGUGUCAGACAGUGAUUUGCUGCAGGGUCACCCCUCUGCAGAAGGCCCAGGUGGUUCAGCUGGUCAAGAAGUACAAGCAGGCCGUCACUCUGGCCAUUGGGGAUGGGGCCAACGAUGUCAGCAUGAUCAAGGCUGCUCAUAUCGGCGUAGGUAUCAGCGGUCAGGAGGGCAUGCAGGCAGUUCUCUCCAGCGACUACUCCUUCGCCCAGUUCCGUUACCUGCAGCGCCUCCUGCUGGUGCACGGCCGCUGGUCCUAUCUGCGCAUGUGCAAGUUCCUAAAAUACUUCUUUUACAAGAACUUCACCUUCACCUUUGUGCAUUUCUGGUACGCCUUCUUCUGCGGCUUCUCUGCACAGACUGUGUAUGACGAGUGGUUCAUCACCUUGUACAACCUGUUGUACACAGCUCUUCCUGUCCUCGGCAUGAGCCUCUUUGACCAGGAUGUGAAUGACCGCUGGAGCUUCCAGCAUCCUCAGCUCUACUCCCCUGGCCAGCGCAACCUGUACUUCAGUAAGAAAGCCUUUGUGCGCUGCAUGAUGCACAGCUGCUACAGCUCCCUCAUCCUCUUCUUCAUCCCAUGGGCGGCCAUGUACGACACGGUCCGAGACGACGGCAAAGACAUCGCCGACUAUCAGUCCUUUGCUUUGUUGGCACAGACCUGUCUGCUGAUUGUGAUGAACAUACAGUUGUGUCUGGACACGUAUUACUGGACAGCAGUGAACCAGUUCUUUGUGUGGGGCAGCUUGGCCGCUUACUUUGCCAUCACACUAACCAUGUACAGCAACGGGAUGUUUCUCAUCUUCACCUCGUAUUUCCCCUUCAUCGGUACUGCAAGAAACUCUCUGAGCCAGCCCAACGUGUGGCUCACCAUAUUCCUCACUUCCCUCCUCUGUAUUCUGCCUGUGGUGGCUUUCCGCUUCAUUCUCAUUCAGCUUCGGCCCACCAUCAACGACAAGGUGAGACAUAAGGUGCGGAAGGAGGCUCUGCCAGCUCCUGCACCUCGCCGCCUCCCUACCAGGCGUAUCAGCACCCGGCGGUCCGGCUACGCCUUCUCCCACGCCAAGGGCUACGGUGACCUGGUGACAUCUCGGAGGUUCCUGCUGAAACUCCCCCUGAGGAGUCGCCCGGCCCUGUUCACACAGACAGACUCUCCUCUGGCUCAGAAUCAGCCACAGCACUACCGCACCAUCACAGAGGAGCAGGAGGACUCACAGAGCCCUUAGACAGAAGCUAUAAAGCUUUUAUUUAGGGUAAAGCUCACCAUCUGGAUUGUUUCCAGGUAACUUUCACACUUAAAACUGACUUUAACUCAAGUUUUUUUCUAAUGUAUGAAUGUUAAUAUGACGGAAAAUGUUGAACUUGGCAGCACAUACGACCUUAAAGGACCGCACUGCUGCUUUUGCAGGUUUUAGCUUAAUAAGUACAACACCCUUAAUACAGUGUUUCACACAGAUUUUCUUCCUUCCAGAUAGAUAUUGGUUUCAAUUAAUUUCACUACAACGUCAACCGUCUUGUGGAGAAUUGCAUUAGCAAGGUCAUCAAAUCAUAGGGAACAUCUAAUUGCCUUAAGUUUUGUCACUGUCAUGUGGUAAAAUGGUUUUCAACAGGGACGUUUUUUAUGAAACUGCAUUCAAACACACGUCUCUCAGAUGCUGAAAAGCACUUUUUAAUUGAAAUGAUUAGAGAUUAAAUUUACAUUUUGAUCAUUUUAAGUGUUGGGUUUUAUAUACACCGUUAACAUACAGUACACACAGUUAACAUACAGUAC